AAACAACAUCCAUUUCAAACGGCUUAUGGAUAAACUGAUCCAGAUCGCAUUCGUGAUCUAUGAUGAUUCGACUGUCUAUGCCGUAGUCAGGAUCAACAAGGCAGAGUCGAAGAAUUAUUCCUUCCAUCAAGGUCAUGGAAGUAAUCGGAAGCAAGUGUCAAGGCCAAACGAAUUACUUCAUUUCAUGAAUACAGCUUUAACGUUUGAGGAGAACGAGGCACAGCUGAGACGUCAGAUUAAUGCUCUGACGAGGUUACGCGAGACUCCACGAUGGCACGAGAUAUUCCUCAUCCACGAGCCCAGUCAGCUUCCAAACCUGAAUAAUUUUGACAGCUCUCGUUAUCUUGUACCAUUUCGCCGGUCUUCAGAGUCCGAUGCAUACAAUAACUUCUGGCAGUAUAUGUACAACCCUCUUCCACGACCUACAGACCGUGAAGACGGUGCAAAACGAAGUGAGGAAAAUACUCGGAGUCGGGAAGAUAUGGUGUCGUUCCUGUGGUUUGUUUUGAGUCUAUAGCUUCUGAAAUCCGCCCGUGCCGUGCUUGCGGUGGAAGGGCGGCCAGGCAAAAUUCAGACGCGCCUACAACGGCAUUUCGGAAGUUGUACUCAUCGAUAGCCCUUCGUUAGUACCUUG